GUUAUCUCUACCAAAUUAUUCAUAAUCAUUUACCCAAACAUAUCCUAAAAGAUUCCUAGUCUUUUAAAUAGUCAGUUAAAAAUUAUCUCACCAUUGGAAUACAUUUCUUAGCUUAUUUUGUACUGUUAAUAAAAAAAAUGCUUAUUUUGUACUUAAACUAAUACUACUGAGGUACUCAGCAAUGAGAUUGCUGUAGUGACAAAAACCAAAAGUCUUCCUGCUCUGCUUUUUAAAUGGAUUUAAUGAAAUAGUCAAAUGUUGCUACUUGCCACCACGAGCACACCAUUACCGCCAAAGUUAUGUAUAUAAUCAUAUAUAUAAUUACAGUAAGGUCAAUACUAACCACCAUAAUGAAAUAGUCGUCAUAUGAUCACCACGAGCUCACCAUUACCCACCAUAAUUGUACAUAGACAUACAUAUAUUUAUGAUAAGACCAUGCACCAUAGUCUUGAAGCAGACAAUGGAGCUUCCUUUAUUUGCAGCGCUUCAAAGAACACCACGAGUUGCACUUACAUUAUCAUUUGUUCUAUUUUCCCUCACAAUAGUCCCUGCUUUAUAUUCUCUCCUAGCCAAUCCAAUCUCACCUCUACUAGUCUCAUCAUCCGAGACUGAUGGCCCCUUUCCAUCGGAUCAUAUGCAUCUCAGUCCUCUAAAUUCUCCAUCUGUUCGGACUAUUUCACCUGUGAAUAGUCCCCUUCAUGCUCCAUAUCAUACAAGACAUCAGAAGUCUUCAUCCGGUAAGAUUCCUUCACCUAACAUUAGUCCAAUUCCGGUUCCACCUGAUCAUACCCUUUCGAGACAUCAGCAUUCUUCAUCCAAUCAGAGUCCCUCACCCGUCAACGGUUCCAUUCCCGCUCCACUCAAUUCAUCCUCAGUCACAACUUCAAAAUCAAGGACGCAGAUCAGAGAUAAUGAACAGAGGUGUGAUCUUUUCAACGGUGAAUGGAUACCAAACGAUGAAUCUCCAUACUAUAACAUGACGUGCUGGGCGAUACAAGAGCACCAGAACUGCAUGCAGUUCGGGAGACCAGACACAGGGUUCAUGAGAUGGAGGUGGAAGCCGGACGGCUGCGACCUCCCCAUCUUUGAUCCUAAUGAGUUUUUAGAAAUGGUUAGAGGGAAGUCCAUGGGGUUUGUUGGUGAUUCCAUUAGCAGAAACCAAGUCCAGUCUCUCUUGUGCCUUCUCUCUAGGGUGGAAUAUCCUGAAGACAUUUCUUCUUCACCAGAUAUAGCUUUCAAAGUAUGGAACUACACAUCCUAUAACUUCAUUCUACAUGUCAUGUGGUCACCAUUUCUAGUGAAGACUACUAAACCUGACCCUACAGACCCCAAGUCCAACUUCUUCAGCCUCUACCUCGACGAGUAUGAUAACAAGUGGACGAGUCAGAUCAACCAGCUUGACUUCCUGAUUAUAUCAUCAGGCCACUGGUUUUACCGGCCUCUAAUUUUCUACGAAAAUGAAAAACUCUCCGGAUGCCAAUACUGUUCGUUACCAAACACAACUGAGUUGCCUUUGCACUAUGGAUACACGAAGGCUUUAAGAACAUCUCUAAGAGGUAUACUCGAGAAUUUCACUGGUUUGGCAAUUAGGUUCCUACUGAAAUAA